UAUUAUCUUUGGUUCCUUCCCCAUCCACUCCAUCAAAACGAUCAAACCACCUCCCACUAAGCAUUAAAUAUCCUCUUAACUCCAUCUCAAUGUUAUUGGUCACCUACUGACGCUUGUCAGGAAUUUCUUAGUCUUAAAAUAACAAAAGAACAACCACUCCACCUGUAACAAGUGCAAAUACCCGGUUUCCAUUAAAUUCUGCAAUCCUGCCAAACUUCAGACCCGAGGGAACAUUUAUUGGGUUAAGAGUCUUAAAACUCAGGAUUGUUAUUCAUAUGGGUUUCUAAGAAGAUAGAACUGAUAGUCUAUUUGAUGGGGUUCUGUCUGUUGUGAUCAACUGAAUGUGUAAUCGGAUUACGGUUAAGGUUUCUGAGCUUGGAUGAGAAGAAUAGUCCUGGAUGUCAAGGGAAAUUGAAUAGGAACACGACUGUGAAUGGUUUCUGGGGAUUUAGAUUUGUUGGGAUACUUGGGAUGAUAAAUUGGAGUUUCGGUGUGCAAAGGGAAUUUAAUGAGUAACAAGGUUGUAGGAAUUGCAACAGAGAUUGUGGUGAUGGCAGUCGUCCUUUCUGUGAUAUUGCUAUUUCUGGGUAUCUGUGUUGUGGUUUUCAUUCAUGUCUGUAUAGUUGGGAGGGCUUUGAGGAGAGGGUUCACUAGACAAAACUUGGUUGAGAGGGCCAACGGUGGAGCUAACAGCAUGUCGCAUGAUGAUCUGCAGAGGCUUCCUUGCUUUGAUUUCAGAGCAGGAGAAAAGGGGAGUAGUCCCAUAGACUGUGUUGUUUGCUUGGAGAAUUUCAAGGUAGGUGACAAGUGCAGACUACUUCCUUGCAAGCACAGCUUCCAUGCUAACUGUGUGGAUUCAUGGUUAUUGAAGACACCCGUCUGUCCAAUCUGUCGAACCAGUGCUUACCCCCAGAAGGCUGGUAUGGUUGUGGGCGAGGAAAGUAGUCACUCAGUUGAGGUUCCAAGUGAAUUCAUGGAGACACGGCCAGUUGAGGUUGGAUCUCGAUUGAGCUCCAAUCCACCCACUUUGCAAGCUUCAGCUUCGGAAUUUUCUGUUUAAAUAUCAACAGAUUUACAUAUUAAGUGAUCUUCAUAUUAAAUUGGUUAUAUGGACACACAUACAGGUAAAGAUUAAGUUUUUGAUUCAUUCCUCUUUCUGGGUGAGUUUGAACCCUUGGGAUUGCUUGUACUCAGUGUUGAAUUUCAAGAUUCUUGUUGCAUAAACAAAUCACUGUUACAGUUUUGUUAAGAUUGCAACUUAUUUCGAUUCAAUCCACCUUGAAUUCGUUGCA